AUGUCAUCUAUAAAUAUUGCAGGCACACAAUCGGUGGAUGAUCCUGAAUAUCGCUACAAGAUGCCAAGGUUGCAAGCCAAGAUUGAAGGCCGUGGUAACGGCAUUAAGACGUUGGUCGUCAACUGUGCUGAUAUUGCGGCGUCACUCCACCGCUCCACUGCUGAAGUGUGCAAGUUCUUUGGCUGCGAGCUUGGUGCCCAGUCCAAGUACGAUGACAAGACCGAUCGUGCCAUUGUGAACGGCGCUUUUGAUGCUGGUAUGAUGCAGCAGCAUUUGUCCAAGUACAUCGAAGGCUUCGUGCUGUGCCCUGGUUGCCGUCUGCCUGAGACCAAGUACAAGUUUAAGGGUCAGUUGAUCUUCCACAAAUGUUACGCUUGUGGCGCUGUGGAGCCGGUAGAUAUGAAUCACAAGCUCACGACGUUCAUCUUCAAGGAGCACACUGCUGCGAAACGUGGCAGCAAGGACGACAAGAAGAAGAAAGAUAAGAAGGACAAAAAGGAGAAGAAGGUAAAGAAGCUGCAUGACGAACCUGAAGAUGAAAUUGUUACCAAGGAGAAAAAGGAAAAGAAGGAAAAGAAAGACAAGAAGGACAAAAAGGACAAGAAAGACAGGAAGGACAAGAAAAAAAAAGCACUAUAA